UGGUGACAACCUGCCCUGCCCUGUCCUGGGCGAGGCUUCAACGCAAGACGAGAGGCGAGGAGGCACAGAAAAGCAUCCAACUCCUCUUUCGCGGUUUCUCCUCACCGGCCGCGCCGCCCACCGUCGCCCCGACUCGUCCGGGAGGAGUCCUCCCUCCUCUCCGACGAAUCCCCAAGCAAGGCUUUUUAGCUGAAGAAACAAUCCUGCAACAGAAUGGAGAGCUCCUCAGCUAGGAACAAUGGUACUAUGGAGAAUAACUUGGGUUAUACAAGAAGUGCAUCCAUGGAUUCAGCGGGUCCUCCUUUAGCUGCUAGGUCCAGCUCAAUGUUAAGUAGGAGAAGUAGCAGACAGGCCUCAAGGGGAUCCAUCAGCCUCUCCCGCGAGAUGGGUGACUCCAUACUGAACUCAAUGAGGCAUUCUCUUCAGUCAGCAGAUCAAUUGCUUGGGGAUGUCGAUAGCUCUGUUCUGGCUCAGCUCAUUGAAAGUGGCAGAGUUUUAGCACCCGAAGGUGAUGUUGAUGAGGAUACAGCUAAUACCUCGGAGCAUCAUAAGGUUGGGCCUCUUCCAGAUGAUGCAGAGGUGCCAAAUAAUGGCAAAAGUGUGGCGGCACCUAUAUCUUUAGUAGAAACAAAAGUUGCUAUUUCUAACAUUCCGGCAGAUUCAUGUACCAAGGUUGAACCGUAUAAGCUUUCUCUGAGGCUUGACUAUGCUGCUUACAUGAUCCAUUUAGCUGUCUUCGGAUUUUUGGGGGUAUUCACAAGGUAUGGGCUCCAAAAGCUGUUUGGCCCAGACUGCUUGGCACUCACCUCAGACCAAAGCCCGCUAUACCCUGAUCUUCCAUCUAAUAUGCUUGGAUCUUUCCUGAUGGGCUGGUUUGGGAUAAUCUUCAAGGCUGAUAUAAGGAACAUAUCUGAUCAUCUUAUCAUUGGAAUCACAACUGGCUACAUGGGAAGCCUUACCACUUUCAGUGGGUGGAACCAAAAAAUGGUCGGCUUGUCUUCCAAAGGCCACUGGGUAUAUGCUAUAGCAGGCAUAGUACUAGGAAUGUUCAUUGUCAAUGAGUCCAUCACGGUUGGUGCGGAGACAGGCGAGCGCCUACGGAGUUUGAUCCUGAAAUACAUCAGGGAGAGGAGUUCAAUAGGUCACAAAUAUGUCUGGGAGCACUGGAGGGUAGAUACCAGGACUAAGCAGUCUGUGCUUCUGUCAGUGAUGAUGAUUGUGACGUCUAUCUUAUGGGUUCUGAGCAUUGUGUUGGCUGUAGUAAAGGUUCGCAGUCUUGCUGAUGGUGCCCUACUCUGGAUGGGCUGCUCGGUAGCGCCUCCAGGUGUUUGGCUCCGCUGGUACCUGGCAAGGAUGAAUGGUCAGGGAAUUGGCAAGCACCAAUCCUUCAAAUGGUUGCCCAUUGGGACCCUUGCAGCCAAUGUUCUUGCUGCAGGCAUCAUGGCAGCGCUUGCUGUAACAUCCAAAGCGGUACAUACAAAGCGAUCCACAGCCAUUCUUAGUGGCAUACAGCUUGGCUUCCUUGGUUGCUUGAGCACAGUGUCUACUUUUGCUGCUGAAGUUUACACCAUGAGAAGAAGCGGGCAGAUUGCAAGGGCCUUUGUUUAUGCUGCAUCCACCUUCCUGCUCUCUUUUGUGCUGGGAACUUUAAUAUACUCUGUGCCAGUUUGGGAAAAUCAUUAUGGAUGACGUUUGGCAACUUCAGGAUCCAACAUAUUAGUAGCUGGCUCAAAUACGUAAUGAAACUUUUCAGAACAUGUAAGAUUGUGGGUCACUGUACUUACAAAGAAUCUCAAAACCUAAACAAAAGUACAAGGCAUGAAGCCAAGAGCUUGAAGGCUCAUGGCUACGGGAGAGAAACUGGAUCAAAUAUACAAUUUAGCUGCACAAACGGUGCACAAUAGACUCAAAACCACAAUAUUUACCUGGCUAGGAAAAAAGACUCCAGCUUUACCAGUAGAACUCAUGUAGUGGCCUGGAAUAAUUUUUUACUUGGAGAAUCGAGCAUAUGUAUGUUCAAAAUGUGUACAUCUGGUAUCUGUGAACCGAAUUGUAUCACUAAUGUGUGGUAUCUGGUACAAUAUAUGAUGCGUCCAUUAGUGCACGAUUAACUUCA